UAAUGCUUUUAUCUUGUUUGUCCAUAUCAAUCUGUCUCUGUCCAGAGAAUCAAUUGACAGGAAAAAAGACCAGAGAGAGUAGAGAGAGAGUAAGCAGCCUAAGCAGAGCUGGUUGGGAGAGAGUUGGUGGUGCUCUUUUUCAUUAAAUCCCUUGUUCUUCUCUGUUUUCUUCAUCAUAUUUCAAAUGGGUGUUUCUUGUCUGAUGUUCACAUGCCCUUUUCCACCUUUUCUUCAGCAGCUUUAGUCCCAUUGAAUCACCAUUGAUUUGCUGCUUUUAAUCCUUGUAAACAGGGCUAUUUCAUUUCACCUUUUCAGUCAACAAUUUAGAACAAUUUUCAAAUCAUCUUGAUUACAUCAAAUGGAUCUUGAAUGUUAUUGUUUGAAGUUUCCAUUUUUUUUUAUUGCUUUUAGAUGCACAGGGACCUUUUCUUGUUUCCUUUUAAUCUUGAUUUUGUAUCUUUAUCAUUUUCUUGAAGAUGAAGGUCCCAGAUUUUCUUGAUUUAGAUGCACUCAGCCCUUUUCUUUCUUCCCUUGAUUUAGAUGAAGGUCCCUUAAAUCUUUUAUUUUGUGUUCAUAUGGAUGCAAAAGGUCCAUUUUCUUGGCUGAAAGUUCCUUGAAAAAUUUAUAUAGAAGGAUGCAUUCCUGAUGGAUAUAUUUUCUCAGAUACAUGGCUUCUUUUUCUUUUUAAAAUUCCGGAAAAUUGCCUUCGAUCUUAUUUUAAUUUUGUUUUUUUUCCUCUUUCUAAACUAUGUCUGAUUCAAGCUCUACUUUUUCAAGGCAAGAUUGUAGAAAUAUUUUCCCGGAAAAAGUUUUAUAUCUAAGGCUACAAUCAUCCCAAUGAAUGUCCCUUUUUUUGGGUGCACAUUCCUUCUUGUUUUAGUUUUAAUUGAAUCAAAUCUCCGUUCUUGCCCAAAAAAAAAAAUUCUUUUUGUUUGAGUCCUGUUGAUGAUGUUUAUGUUGUUGAUUUUGGUUCAUGUGGAUAUUGGGAAGACAGAAACAGGCAGUACUAAUGGCAUUGAAACUCCAGAAGAAAGAACUCAUCUUCUUGAUCCUACAAUUUCUGCAUGAGAAGAAAUAUACAGAUACCGUUCACAAGCUCGAAAGAGAGUCUGCAGUUUUCUUCAACAUGCCAUAUUUUGAGGAGAUGAUGCACAUGGGUCAAUUUGAUGAGGCACAACAUUACCUUUUGGCUUUCACCAAUUUGAAAGCCAAUAACUACUCAAGAAAAAUUUUCUUUGAAAUACGGAAGCAGAAGUACCUUGAGGCAUUGGAUAAGCACGAUGACGUGAAGGCUUUAGAAAUCCUCAAGAAGGAUUUGAAAGUUUUUGCAUCAGAUAAUGAAUCGUUGUUCAAAGAGAUGACACAGCUUCUGGCAUUAAAUGAUUUCAGGGAAAUGGCACCACUAUCAACUUACAAGGAUGCAGAAACUGCCCGGAAAUUGUUGACAGUGGAGCUCAAGAAGCUUCUCAGGGCAAAUCCUCUAAUCCGAGAGAAACUCUCUUUCCCUGACUUUGAACCUUCAAGGUUACUGGAACUCCUGAAGAAAAGGCAACCUGAUAACACUAAUCUGCAAUCACAAGCACCUGUGAUUGACAAGCCGAUGCAAUCUGCAAAAGAAUCCGAAGACGUCAUUUUUAUGGGGGCAAACACGCCUCUUGAAGUCGAGCAAAUGCCAGUUCAAACUCCCAUAAAGGGAGCACAGCCUCUUGAUUGUGCAAUGAUGGCAUCUGAAACUCCCUUCUCCAAGGUGAUGUCCGGCCAACAAAAUUUAACUCAUCCAGCAGGUACUGGAGCAGCUAUGAAUCCAAGUUCUUCAAACCCAGCUGCAAGUUCCAGUUGUCCUGGGAAUUCCAAUUACUUGUUGAGGACAAGGCCUGACAAGGCAUUUUCUGAUCCGGGUCUGAGUGGCUCGAAGUCAUCACUCAAUGUAACCAAUGACCUGCCCAAGAUCGUUGUGCAGAUGUUGGAUCUGGGAUCACGACCGACCAGCAUCGACUUCCACCCUUCUAAACACACCCUUCUUAUAGUUGGAACGAGUGCAGGGGAAAUAGAGAUGUGGGAUGUUUGUUCCCAAGAAAAGAUUUUUUCAACAAUUUUUAAAAUUUGGAACAAGGAAGGAGGCUCCCAAAAAAAGUCGCUUUCAAGAAUUUUUAGCUUUCGGAACCAGGAAGAAGGCCAAUGUUCAAAAAGCGAAGGUGAAGUUAGACCUGGACAUCCAUCAGUUAAUCGUGUACUUUGGAGCCCAGAUGGCAGUUUAUUUGGAGUUGCAUAUUCUGAAGACAUUGUGCAAUUAUUUUGUUAUUGCAGUAGAAAUAGCAUUUGGGAGUAUAUGGAGCUUGAGGCUCAUGAUGGUAGUGUAAAUGAUCUUGCCUUUGCAUGCCCCAAUGACCAACAUUUUAUUAUUACCUGUGGAGACGAUGCCACAAUUAAGGUGUUUCAUUUGGUUACUGGGGCCAUACUAUACAUUUUCCAGGGUCAUAAAUCUCCUAUUUGUUGUGUGGUCUCCAGUGCUAACAAUGAUCUUCAACAUAUCUGGUCAACAUCGGUGGAUGGUAAAAUAAAAGAAUGGACCUAUGACAAGGACCAUUCUAUUGCUGAAUAUGAUGCUCCAGGUUGCUGCUGCACAACAAUGUCUUUUGGUGCUGAUGGUGAAAGGCUAAUUUCAUGCGGAACCACUAAAGAUGGAGUGUCUCACCUUGUUGAAUGGCAUGAAAUGGGAAGCAUCAUGAAGAGAACCAUCCAAGGUGUGAAUAAAUGUUCGUUUGGUGUUAUGCAAUUUGACACGGCAAAAAACGGCUUAUUGGUGGCUGGCGAUGACUUCUCAUUAAAAUUUUGGGAUUUGAAUGCUGUCGAUCUUGUAACACCUAUUGAUGCCAGUGAAAUGCUACCUGCAAGUCGAUUGAUCCGCUUCAACAAGGAGGGAACAUUAUUGGCUGUAACUGCAAAUGAUAAUAAGAUCAAAAUCUUGGUGUCUGUGAAUGGUUUUCAGUUGCUCCAAACAAAUGAGAGAGUUCCCUGUGUACCUGCUACUGUUCCAAAGGGUGAAGACAAAGGAGCCUUAGGAGCUAAAGAACAAAGAUCACCUGAAAAAGGCCAUGAUGGACCAAUAGUUGGGAGGUUCACUGCACUGAAUGAACCUGAUCAGUUUCGGUGGUUGAGGCUCCCUCCUCAUUCCAUCAUAACAAGCAAGAUCUUGAGGUUGACCUACCAUCAUUCAGGCACCAGCAUUUUGGCAUUAGCAGCAGAUGCCAUCCAUCUGCGUUGGAAAUGGCCAAGCAAGGCAACGACCAGUGUUCAUCCUCGACUCCUUCGAAAUAAAUUUGGCGAGAUGAUGACAAAUGAUGUAACUGAUUCGAUGCUUGAUGAGGCUCCAGGCUGUUUUGCUCUGACUGCAAGUGAUGGAUACUUAUUGUCAUCUUCUGGUGGCGAAAUCUCCUUGUUCAACAUAAGGAGUUUUGAGAAGAUGGUAACUUUCAUGAAUCCACCACCUGUUGCAACAUAUAUUGCAGUCCAUCCUUGGGAUAACAAUGUAAUAGCAGUUGGCCUGGAUGAUUCCACAAUCCAGAUAUAUAAUGUCCGAACAAGCGAGAUGAUAAAAAAGCUUAGACGCCAUUCUAAAAGAAUCACAGGCCUUGCCUUCUCCUAUGUAUUGGAUGUACUUGUUUCUUCGGGAGCCGAUGCUCAGCUAGUUGUGUGGAACUCGUUAUCGGGUGGAUGGGAAAGGCAGAGAAGCAGAUACUUGUGGAUUCCAAAUGAGGAGAUGAGACAGGCAAACUUGAUGGACACCCGAGUCCAGUUUUCCCAGGAGCAAACCAGCUUCCUUGUCGUGUGCCAACCAAAGCUCGCUAUAUAUGAGGCGAUGACACUAUAUUGUGUUAGAGAGUGGAAUGUUGAUGGAGCUUCGUCCCCAAUCUCUGAUGCGACAUUCUCAUGCGAUGGCCGGUUAGUAUAUGCCAGCUUUCUGGAUGGGGCUGUUUGCAUAUUCAUGGCUCAAGAUCUUCAAAUUCGGUGUCGGAUUAGUCCUAGUGCUUAUCUCCCUCCUGGUGACAGGUCUAGAAUAUACCCGCUUGCGGUUGCUGCACAUCCACAGAAGCCGAACCAGUUUGCGCUAGGUCUGAGUGUUGGUGGGGUCAUGGUCUUUGAGCCAUUGGAGCCUGAAGAGCAAUGGGGCUUGCCUAGACACCAUUGAUGUACUGAGAUUUAAAGUUUGGUGAUAGUUUGCUCAGGCUUCAUGUAUAAGAACGCAGAGAAUGCCUAGAAGAUAUGGAGCAUCUUUCCAUGUGUUGGAUGCUUUUCUUCAAAAUGAAUGAACUGUCUUAAUGAUA